AUGUCGUUGCGACCUGAAGAUUUAGUUAUUCUUGAACCCGGUAAUCACGGAGAUAGUGAUAUAGAUGUAGAAAUUGACGAACUAUUUGGUAAUGAAGAAAAUAUGGAAGAAGAGAAUGAAAGGAUCCCUUCUGAGAUAUUUACACAGAUAGAUUGGGAUAUUACGAAUUCUGUUUGUGAACAAGGGUCUACGUUGGGAAAUAGAGAUGAAUUUGUAGACACAUCAUGUUUAAUUCAGAAGGGAAUGUUAUUUGACUGCAAGGAAGAUCUUCAAUUAGCCGUAAAAAAGUACUGUGUCACCCAACACUACGAAAUUGUUGUAGUCGAAUCGAACCAAAAUAUUUGGUCUGUUCGAUGCAAACAAUGGAGUAAUGGUUGCAACUGGAGGUUACGUGGAAGUAGGCGUAAAAGCCACGGAUUGUUUGAGAUCAGUCGACUGGAAGGAGAGCACUCGUGUCUGUACUCAAACCUAACACAAGAUCACUCACAACUAGAUUCUAAUUUUAUGAGUAUUCAAAUUCAAAACAUAGUCAGAGCUGAUCCUAGUGUUACUGUGUCUGUGCUCAUGGAAAUGAUAAAACAACAGUAUGGUUACACGGUUAAAUACAGACGGGUGUGGCAAGCGAAGAGGAAAGCUUUGGUUGCUGUUUUUGGUGAUUGGGACAAAUCGUACAAUGAGCUCCCGUACUGGUUGAGUGCCGUUGUACAUUAUAAUCCAGGAACUCGAGUUGAUUGGUUUUUUCUUCCAUCUGAUGUACCUGGGACAACCAUAUUUGGACGCGUUUUCUGGGCAUUUGGUCCUGCAAUAGAAGGGUUCAAAUAUUGUAGGCCAUUAAUUCAAAUCGACGGAACCCAUUUGUAUGGAAAGUAUAAAGGGAAAAUGUUAACUGCCCUAUCUAUCGAUGCAAAUGGUCAUAUAUUUCCUCUUGCAUUUGCUAUUGUGGAAGGGGAAAACGCGUCCAGUUGGUCAUGGUUUCUUUAUGCAUUGCGCCAGUACGUUACUGAUCGAGAUGGCAUUUGCUUGAUCUCCGACAGGCAUAGGGGCAUUCUUUCUGCCAUUAAUAAUGAGGAGAUAGGUUGGAGUGAACCACGAGCAUUCCAUCGAUAUUGUCUUCGUCAUGUUGCUAGCAACUUCAAUAAUAAAUACAAAUCGAAGCAACUAAAAGAUUUGGUGUUUAGGGCAGGUAAUCAACACCAAAGGCGCAAAUUUAUAAGAAACAUGAAAGAAAUAAAACAACUGAACCCAGAGUGUCUUGAAUUCUUUGAAGAUAUUGAUUUACAAAAAUGGACACAGUCUCACGAUAAUGGGUAUCGAUAUGGGUGGAUGACAAGCAACGCAGCUGAAUGUAUGAAUGGGGUAUUUAAAGGAGCUCGUAUGUUACCCAUGACAUCUUUGGUUAGAUUAACAUUUUAUCGCACAAUUCUGUAUUUUGAACGCCGAAGAGCUGAGAUAAGUGAAGCAGUUGACCGUGGCGAAGUUUAUACAGAAUAUGCGAUGAAAAAGCUAAAAAAAUGGGAAACACGGGCUUCUGCACAUUCAGUGACAUCCAUUGAUAGAGAAACCCAGACGUUUGAGGUUCACACGGGUAUGAGUAUGAUUUCUCCAUAUAAAGGCCAGCACACACAGGUUGUGAGUUUGAUGGAAGGGACCUGUUCGUGCAACAAGUGGCAAUCUUUUAAGAUACCAUGCUCCCAUGUAAUUGCAGUUUGUAAUUACAUGCACUUGACGUAUGCAGCAUACAUUGAUGAAUGCUACUUGUUGUCGAACUUCAAACAAUGUUAUGCCGGUCGAUUCCAUCCAAUCCAACACCCAGAUUAUUGGCCUGAGUUGUCAUUCACCGAAGUUCGCCCAAAUGCAGACUUACUUAAAGGACCCGGUCGACCGAGAACAACAAGGAUCCAUAAUGAAAUGGAUUGGAAAGAGUCUGGUCAAUCACUCAGAUGCACUAUCUGUAAAGUCGAAGGACACAACAGACGUACCUGUCCUCAACGUGCAUCUUCUUCUUCAAGACACUAA